GAUUGAUCGGCCAUUUUCCAUCAGCAGCAUCAAAGCAUCUUUUUCCACCGCCAGGGAAAGGUUUGUAGCUGGAUAAUGCGUGUGUGAAAGAAUUAAUUCUCUCCACCCCACCCGCGUGUAGAUUGUGUUGUGUUGUGAAUACACACAAAAAAGCGGCGAAAAGUGUAAUUGUUUCUAGUGGAAAUUGUGUUGAACUAAAGUGUGCCGCUGCUGCAGUUUUGUUUGAGUACGAAGAUGAGCGCGGUUGACGAGAGAACGAUUUACGCAAAGCUCGAAGCGAUGAAAGACAUUCGCUCCAAAACGCUACAGCUGGAAAAGCUGAAGCUGAAAAUUAUCCGCGAGGUGGAGAACGGCGAUGCGGAGGAAAAAUGUCUGUCCGAGUAUCGGCGCGAGCUGGAGCUGCUGAUGCAGGAGAAGAUGAGCCAUGUGGAGGAACUUCGCCAAAUUCAUGCCGACAUUAAUGCUAUGGAAACCGUUAUUAAACAGGCGGAAGAAAAUCGUAUCCGUUCGAUUAAUAUGGCCAACCGCGUACACGAGGAAUACGUGCCGCUGAAAACCGAGGUGGACUCUAUGCGUCGCGACUAUCUCGGGCUGGAAAGAUUGCCGGAACUGCACGAAGAGGAAGGAACCAUUAUUUCACCCGACCGCUUCCAAAACUAUUACACCGCCAACAAAUCGCUCUCGACACCUUCCGCCACCUUCUCUCGUCCACCGCUGUCCGCCCACCAUCCACUGCCACCCGAUGCGCCGGCCACAUCGCUGCCGCCGUCCGCACCGCCCGGAUUUCUUCCACCGCCCCCGGUAGCGAUGCGAAUCAACAAACCUCCGGAACUGCCUACGAACCGGCUCCAGCAGGCCCCAUCAACGAUCGGCAUCGGCCAUCCGACAUUCAGGUCUGAUUUCAAUGUGAAUUUAAGCAGACAGCAGCCACCCCCGAUGAAGUCGUGUCUAUCGUGCCAUCAGCAAAUCCAUCGCAACGCCCCAAUCUGUCCGCUCUGCAAAGCCAAGAGCCGUUCGCGUAAUCCGAAGAAGCCGAAAAAGAAGGACCAUUAGUCGCGUACCCAGUGCGACGGCUCACCACAUAUUCUUCCCAAAUUUUAAGCUUGAUGGAGAUAAGUAUUUACUGCAUAUUGGAGUGGUUUGAUUCGAUUGCUUUGCCCGUCUGUGUCUACCUUUUCUCCCCUCGUGUGGGCAGCGCCAGUGUGUGGGGCGGAAGGUUAGAUUUGUAAGCAUAUAUUUUGCAUUUUCGUAGCAUGUUAAGGAUACGUACAAUUUUAUGUAGCGCGAAUGCGUAUGGUCAGCAGUAUAGAUGUAGCUGUAAUGAUUUUGCCCAAGUCGGCUCCGGGCAAAAUCUAUAAAUCUCAAACAUUUUAACAACAAACAAGCCCGCCAGGAAAGUCGUAGUAGCAUUAAGUUUCAAUCGUCGAUCGGCAAACAUAAAUAAAUAAUUUUCAUCAUCGUAAACAAAA